AUGAUAGAUGCAAUCACAGUGCAGCCUGAUGCAAGACCGAGUUUCGACCCCGACAACCGCAUGCCCGAGACUAGAGGUAUUCUGAGGAUUUGCUCUAGCCUUGUCGUGCUCGUACAGCGAUCAGUGCCUGUCGAAGAAGUACGCCAGAAAAGUCCCGAUGAGCAGGUAGAAGUGCUGGAGCUACACCUAGCACAUUUUUCGGUCAAAGAGUAUUUGGUGUCACGCAGCGCUUCAUCAGUGUUCGGUGAAUUGCUGGAAGAGAUCAACGCAAGGGCGACAAUCGCUACAAUCUGCCUGACGUAUUUACCAAGUAUUAACCAUGACCUAUCAAUUGUGCAUAUUAGGGCGAAGUUCGGAUUUGCGCAAUACCGUGCCACAUACUGGGCUGAACAUGCAGAAGCUGGCCAGAACGCUGGUGGACCGUCUCUUCCAUCCGGACUUCAGUAA